ACACCGCCGUCGUCGUCGAUAACCUAACGAGCGGAAACCCUUCGCUACCUGCUCUUCAUUCUCUACGACACAGUAAUCAUGGCGGACGUAGUACAGUACAAGCUAGAGCGUAUGGUCAAUGAGCUCGACGACCUUGAGCGCCGUGGCUUGUUCUCGCGCCGUGAAAUUGCCGAAAUCGUCAAACAACGCCGGAAGUUUGAGUAUAGACUCAAACGUCCAAGUCCUCUGAAACAAGAUUACUUAGCGUAUAUCGAUUACGAGAAAUCUCUCGAAUCUCUCCGCCUCCUCCGUAAGAAAGCGAUGUUGCGUGAGCUCGAAAAGAAGAGUGAAGACGGGGAAGGCGUUGUAAAGAAGCCGAAGAUGAAGCAGUCUGUUUCUGACUUUUCUGGAAUUUCAAGGAUCGUUGAGAUUUAUCGGUUGGCCACGAAUAGGUUUAAAGGAGACAUUGAGCUUUGGUUUCAGUAUCUCGAGUUUUGUAGGCAAAGAAGAAAUGGACAUAUGAAAAAGGUUCUGGCUCAGGUGAUUAGAUUUCACCCAAAAGUACCUGGAGUCUGGAUAUAUGCUGCUUCAUGGGAGUUUGAUCAUAACCUAAAUGCUGCAGCUGCUCGUGCACUUAUGCAAAGUGGUUUGAGAUGUUGCCCCUCAUCUGAAGCUCUAUGGGUGGAAUAUCUCAGAAUGGAGCUCACAUAUCUUAAUAAGUUAAGUGCUCGUAGGUCUGCUCUUGGAGAAGAUGUUGCAACAUUGGUUACUGAUGGCCAUGAGCCUGAAGAUAAACAAUGGAGAGACGAAAACAAAGAGCUAUUUAUGCCAAUUGAUGGAGAAACUAAAGAUCAUAAAGAUUUAGAUGUACAAAAUGAGGAACUGAAACAGAAAAUCAAUGUCUUUCGGGAACAAGGUUUGAACAUCCUUCAAACUGUUUACAAAUGUGCAGUGGACGCACUACCUUCCAGUUUUACCAUGAGAACACAAUUUCUUGAGAUACUAGAGGCAACACAUUUGGCAAAUCCAGAAACUAUGAAAAAUGAGAUACUUUCUGACAUGAAAAAUCAAUUUUCAAAAGAAACAGGAUACUGGGAUUGGCUUGCAAAGUAUGAAGCAGCAGGCCAUAAUAGUACACAAGAUGUAAAGAGAGAUCAUUUACACAAUGCAAUUCAGGUUUAUGAUGAAGCUUUAAAGAUUGUACCAUCAUCAACAAUGUUCGAUCUCUACAUCAAAUUCUUGAUGGACACAAUUGUUCAUCAAAGUUCUUGGGUUUCCGAUAUAGAUCUUGUUUCACAUGUUCUAAAGGUCUAUGAAAAGGCUCAAAGUAUGGGGUGCAUUACAGAAGAUCUUGCAUGCCAAAAUGUAUCUUUUCUAUUAGAACUUGGAAGAUUAGAUGAUGCUAGAAACUUAGCAGAAAAACUUUGCAAUGGAGAGCUUUCAAAAGCAGCCAGUUUAUGGGAUUUACGCCUCUCAAUAGAAAUGAAACGUAUAAAUACUCCAACAAAAGAUGAUUUAUCAUCUGUGUUUAAUCUCCUGCAAAACCCUCUUAGGAAAAUUGCUGUUUCACAAGCUGAGAGCCUCUGGCUUAUGGGGUUGAAAUAUUUUGCAAAUCAAAAGCAAUAUUUUGAUAAGCUGGUGGAUAUUUCUGUAAGUUGUUUGACCAGAGAUGGUGGUAGUGAUGAUGGUUUCUCCCUCUCUUCCACAAUUGUAAACUUUAUUCUACAAAAAAAUGGAAUUCAGAGUGCAAGAGACAUGUACAAAAGGUUUCUUGCAUUACCUCGCCCUGGUCUUGUUUUUUAUAAAAAUUGCAUUGAAAUGGAAAUGAACAUUGCAUCUGCUGCUUCAAAGGCUAAUCUUGUAGAAACCCGAAAAUUAUAUGAAGCUGCACUUUCAACGUAUGAUCAAGAUGCGAGUUUGUGGCAAGAUUAUCACUCUAUGGAGUCCAAGAUGGGGACAUCAGAAAGUGCUGCUGCAGUACAUUGGCGUGCAAGAAGGACACUUAAAGGCAAUGCUACAUUAUUAAGUUGAAGAAAUUAUGGAUGAGAGGUUUAGAUUUUGUUGACCACUCGCAAUUUUGACUUUGUUAAAAGGGUUGUAGUCUUGAGAAUUGUAACAAUUGUUUUAUUGAACAAUCUACAUGAUAAUCAAAUUAUGUUGGUUUUGUUUUGAUUA